UUUUUAAAUCCUCUUAUCCCAAUUUGGCCAAAAAUAGCAGUAAAUUGUUUAAUCCAUUCAUUUCACGAAAAUUUUAUUAUCAAAAAGGACACUAACUGUUUUCAUUUUAAAAUUUUUAUUUAAUCUAAAAAAUGUUUUUUACUCCUAUUUUUCAAUUUUUUCUAAUAAUUCUCCUCAUUCCCCCAAUCUAUUCAAAUACAGAAUGUGUACAAGUUAUAGGACGCUUGUUAUGCAAAAACGGGCAGAAACUAGUAAUUGGUUCGGAUGUUGAACUUUUGGAAUUGGAUAGUCCUCUAAAUGUAACUUGGGUAAAGGUUAACAAUGAAGAUGGAAUAUUCAAUAUUGAUGGAUGUGGACAGGACCGUGAUUGGUUACCUUGGGCGAUUAAUAGACCAGAAUUUUAUUUGCGAGUUCGACAUCGAUGUAAUACAAUGAACAAUACUCUCGUAGAAGAAAAAUUUAAACUGGCAGCAGAACAAGAAACAAAAAUUGUCCUUCCAGUCUUUCGAAAACCUCAAAUGCCUUCCUUCAAUAUUAAUGGAACAAUGGAGAAUUCAACAAUAUUUGACUGGCAUUUACAACAUCCGAUAGAAUUGUCGGAAGAUGAAAUGCUUAUAAUAUCAACACAAAGACCCUUAAUGGGUUUUCCUGGUGAACCUUACAAUUUUGAUGAAGAUAAGAUGGAAGGGGAUAAAUAG